GGGAAACAGCACGGCGGCGCUUUGAUAAUACCGGAGGAAAAUUAUAUCGAGCAUUUGUUUUUUAUAUAUAUUUUGAUCAAAUGGACGAUCAAGAAAUGCAAUUGAAAGUAAAACGAGUGACUGAUAAAUUCACAGAGAGUAUGUAUGUGUUGGCCAAUGAACCGUCUAUAGCGUUGUAUAGAUUACAAGAGCAUGUCAGGAGGUCCUUACCAGAGCUGGUGCAACACAAGACUGACAUGCAGAGUUGGGAGGAACAAAGCCAAGGAGCGAUAUACUCUGUUGAAUAUGCAUGCAGUGCCGUUAAAAGUAUGACAAAUAGUAGCCAGUAUUUCAAGAACAUAGACGGACUGCUCCGGCAAGCAAUCUCACUAAAGGAACAGAUCAGCAACUCACAGGGACGCAGUGGUGUGAAAUCUGCAAUUAAUCCAAAUGAGACACCCACACAUGCUUCAGUCACUCCACCUUGACUCAUGGAAAUCUUUUGCCAAGGAAAAGAGCUUUGGAUCCUUGCACAGUUAAGGAUGGAGGAGAAAAGCACAGCUCUGGGAUAUAAACCGAUGCACUCGCUUGCACAAUGAAGUAAUUUUAGUGUACCCUCCUCAUAUUGAUGACUGUGAGGCCAGAAACAUACUUUGCAAGUACGCAAAUGCAAGCACUUUGCUGACGCUUUGCUAACGUGUGGUUCAGUUGAACGAACAUAACGUGCGUUUUUGCGUUACUGGCGCUACACAAACCUCAGUACUCAAGGGGGCGAUAGUUACCUUUAAAAGUUUUAUAUUAGUCAGAUAAGUUGUUAUUAAUAUAUUGAUUUCACCAGCUCAGUAAUGUUGUCCUCAAACUGUUGCUACAUAGAAGUUCCAGCUAAUUUCCACUAUAGCGCCCCUUGUGGCAACGUUUAGAUUGCAAUGCACAAUUGUGUUUGUGUUAUGAAUUGCGGUCUGACUUAAUUUGGAAUGCAACGACACAAGAAAUCCAGCUUGCGUUGCUAGAAGCGUCUGCCUUCACGUAGUUGCGUAGAGUUUGUUUCAGCCUUAUGAAGCCUUGGUUAAAAACAAGGUCUUUUUUUUUUUUUAUCAUGUUUCCCAUUUAGGCAUAAAAGACAUCAGGAUGGAUAAAUAUAUUUAUAAGCUGUUUUGAAAUGCAAGGUUUUUUGGUUACACAUUGUGCACACAAUGAAUCAUGUACAGUUUAAUGUAACUAUGCU